AUGGCUUUCUUACAUACACACUCACGCGAAUGUUUAAAAUCUGAGCUCGAACUUUUUUCGCUACCACCUACGCAAACUACGAUCGAGGGAUCAAAUUGGGUGCACUAUAAGCCUAUUUCCUCUCUAACAGAUGAUUCUCCGAUAGAAUUCGUCGUUCCCGGACAAGGUGAUGAGUACAUCGAUCUCGCUCAUACCAUGUUAAGUCUUCGUGUGCAAAUAAAAACUCCAUCUACCUCUUUGCAAGCUGAAGGAUCGAAAGAUGCGCCCAAGGAAUUACCAGAAAUUGCCCCUGUAAACAAUUUACUACACUCCAUGUUUAAUCAAGUGGAUGUGUAUUUAAAUCAAAAACUCGUUUCACCACCGAAUAACGCUUAUGCAUACCGUGCUUACAUAGAAACAUUGUUAAAUUAUGGGCCUGCGGCCAAAAAAUCUCACUUGACUUCCGUUUUAUGGAGUGAUGAUACUCCAGGGAAAAUGGAUGAUACGAGUUUUAAAAAUAAUAUCGGCUUGCGAGAAAGAGCAAAACUACUAUCAGCUGGAAAAACAGUCGAUUUAAUUGGACAUUUACAUCAAGAGACUCGGUAG